CAUAUAUCUCAUCAUCUUCCUUCUUCUACCAACUGCUCCAAUAUAAUAAGACAGACACAAACUCACAGAUAUUGAAUUCAAAAUCCCCACAAUAAUACAACAUAAAGAUUGUGGAGCGAGAGAGAAGAACAGAGAGAUGGCGGUCGCCAAUGGAUGGGGCGUGGGACAAGCAAUCCCAGUGCCCCAAUUCGGCCCCAAUUGCUGUUCCGGCUUCUUAGCCUACAAGUCCAAAUUCAACAGUACCAAUAAAAAUCUGAGCUUUGUUCUGAAUUGGGGCUGCUCUGCUCAAACCAAGUCUUCAGCUUCACCUUCUUCUUCUCUGAGUAGGAAUAGAAAGAGCUCAAAUUUGUGUUGCCGUUGCAGUGAAAGUAACAGUUAUAUUGAUGACUGUAUUGGGUCUUCUUUGGAAUGGGAUUGGAAUCGCUGGAGUCGCCAUUUUUCCGAGAUUGAACAAGCCGAGAGCUUUGCCUCUGUUCUAAAGUUUCAACUUGAAGAUGCAAUUGAGAAGGAAGAUUUCCAGGAAGCUGCAAAACUGAAAAUGUGCAUUGCAGAAGCUACAUCAAAGGAUACUGUUGCUGAGAUCAUGUCUCAAUUGAAGAAUGCAAUUGAGGAAGAGCGUUACCAUGAUGCUUCAAGAUUGUGCAAGUACUCAGGAAGUGGACUGGUAGGAUGGUGGGUUGGCUACCCAAAAGAUUCAGAUGAUCCCUUUGGAAGACUCAUACGAAUAACUCCUGGUGUAGGCAGAUUUGUCGGCAAGAGUUACAGUCCAAGACAGUUGGUUACGGCAUCGCCAGGAAGUCCCCUUUUUGAAAUUUUUGUGGUAAAAAAUGCCGAUGGGACACACGUUAUGCAGGUAGUUUACUUACACCAACCCAAAGCCAAUUCAACAAACUCUGCUGUUACACCAUCCAAACCUGAAAAAGGCUCGUCCACUUCUGAAGUUAAGAAUGCAACCCUAGUAGAUGUUCAGAAAAAUGAAGGUAAGGCAGAGAGCAGUGAGGAGAAGGGCAUUAAUAUUGAGGGAGCAACUGAGGAGGGAAUUAAAAGCGUGAUAAAUUUUCUGAAGAAAAAAAUUCCAGGACUUAAAGUUAAAGUCAUGGAUGUUGAUGUUGCUAAGGAAGUGAUAGAGGAUGAAAAUUCUGUGAACCAAUUGAUGCAAGAAAAUAGUGAGAAGUCAGAUUCUGAUGACAGUUCUGAAGACGAAGUGGAUAAUUUGGAUGAAAUUCAGCCUGAUGAGGUCACUCUAGGAGAAGGUAGUGAUACCACACAGGAUGAAAAGGAUUUGGAUAUGAAACUUUUUAUUGGUGGGGUUGUACAUAAUGAUGAUGAUGCUCCUAUCAAGGAUGAGUAUGUGCGUCGGCCUGCUGAAAUCAAAGAUGUGGAGAGAGAUUCUUUUGUAUUGCAUAUUCCAGGGAGAAGCCUAGAUCAUGAUACCAGAGAAAGUAAAGCAUCCAAAGUCAAAGUGGCAGCUCUAGCAGCUAAAAGCGUCUCUGAGCUCAUGCCUUCUGAUGUUGCCAAGGCAUUUUGGAAUUCUGAUAAGGUUUCUCCAAAGGUUACAAGGAAUAUGCGUGAAAUAGUCAAGCUUGCUGUUAGUCAAGCACAGAAGCGGAGUAGAUUAUCCGAGUAUACAACGUUUAAUCGGAUCAGUACCUCAAGUGGAGAUUUGGAUCCCUUUGACGGCUUGUAUGUUGGUGCAUUUGGCCCUUAUGGCACUGAGGUAGUGCAACUGAGGCGUAAGUAUGGGCACUGGAAUGGUUCAGAAGGCAAAGACAGUUCAGCAGAUGUGGAGUUCUUCGAAUAUGUUGAGGCAGUUAAGCUAACUGGCGACCUGAAUGUUCCUGCUGGCCAGGUGACAUUUCGUGCUAAAAUUGGAAAAGGGAACCGUCUUUCCAACCGCGGGAUGUAUCCAGAUGAAUUAGGAGUGGUUGCAAGUUACAAAGGUCAAGGAAGAAUAGCAGAAUUCGGGUUCCGAAAUCCACAAUGGGUUGAAGGAGAACUUCUCCAACUCAGUGCCAAGGGCAUUGGACCAUAUGUCAAGGGUGCAGAUCUUGGUUUUCUUUACAUCGUUCCUGAGCAAAGUUUCCUUGUACUGUUCAAUCGCCUAAAACUACCAGAAUGAGCCAAUGGUACCACAAUCUGUUUGAGCUCAUACAUCUUUGAUAUGGCAAGACAUCACACACUCUGAUGUCAGAGAAGGGUUCUUUUAAUGUACCGUAUCUGAGCAAAGAAGUUAAUUUCACUGUAUUAAGUAGGCACUUGGAUUUAUUUUCCUCCCAAUUUCAACUAUUUUUUUUCCUCGUCUUUCUUUCUUGCCCCUUGUAACUUCAUGAGCUGUAUAUCAUUUUUGCUGACCAAAUAUAUUGC